AUGGGUAACUCGGCAUCUAUUGAGAAGACCCGCCGUAACUCGGCCUUGCAUCGCGGGUCCUUGAAGGCGAGACAAGGCAGUUGCACCAAUGAUGAACACCAAAACCUAAAUACCAACUGUGCACAAAGCACUGAGCCCUGGGCCCAGACCCAGACCCAGCGCAAAGGCAGCGUCACUACAACGCCAUUGUCUCUUGAGGCACAGCUCCGCCGCCUGAGAGCAAAGCUCGAGACUGCCAAGGGCGCCCUAGAUGAUCUGGACACCCUGGCAGUACAGUAUAGCCGACCCGGGGGAAUCACAACAAGCGUUAAUGACGCCUAUCUUUCUGAUCCCUCCAUCUCCCUAGCUGUCGACCGCCAUCUAACCGACCUCGACCACACCGCCUCGGCACUUUGCAAGAUUGUAACCACAAUUCCUGCUCCUGUUCCGAGCGAUGAACACAGCUGCAGCUCAUUCUCAUGGUCCUUGGACUCUGGGUUCGACAGUGUUGCAGAUGCUUCUCGCCACUGUGAUCAGUCACCCAUUGUCUCAGCCUUUGAACGUGCAACUCCUGUAGACUAUCAAGGCUAUGAUGACUUUGACUUGCCCCCGGCAGCACUGUGCGCCCGGCAGUGCGAGACUACCCACUCAUACGGGCCUAGCAUCGAGUGGCCAGCCAGGCGUCCGAUCUGUGAGAAGACUUCUUCGACUUUCCCCCCGGCCGCUUACCAUAACAGACCUACACGCAAGGCAUAUACUCGUCGAGACUCCCCAAUAAUCAAGCCCUUCUACGUGGCACCGCUGAGACUGCCCUCAAGUAGCCCGCCAUCCGUGGAAAUCCCAAGAAGGCGGGCCUUGAGCGGCGACUGUGGUAUACCAGCAGCACCCUUUGAGAGAGAGAUUCGUGCCUUGACUACUCAAAUUAAUGAAUCCCCCCUGGGAAGAAUGGGUCGAGCAGAGAUGACAGCUCGUCAUAUUCCACAGUCUCAAAUGAGUGCCGAUUCCCACGCAGAUGAACUUCCAAGCACGCCUUGCCAGGAGGAGCGACUACGGCGGCGACCCGUCUCGCUCCCCGACUCCAACUACGCAAGCAUUCCCACGCGGCAGUUCAGCACGGAACAGAAGACCCGACGUCUUCGGAGCAUGAGAGCGACAUCCUCGGAUGAUGGCUACUACUGCGGCAAUGCUUCUGAUAUGGAUGUGAGGAGAGGCCAGGAUGGUUCCGAAACACUCAAUAUGGACGAGCUUCUGACGUUCUUGAGGGACGGAAACAGCAUGCGUGAUCUAUGA